CCGAUCUCAUUAUGUUCUCGGCAUUUAAUGCUACAACACAUUUAUUGUAAACAACGUAAACAGAAACACGAGAGUAAAGUAAAAAAAAAAAAAAAAUACGAGCGAAAUUCUUACCUGUCAAAUUUGACAGCUUUUCGAAUUCCGUUCUAAAGAAAGUAGCAUUUUUUCGCGCGAAAAAUGUGACUGCAUUAUUUUAUCUGUGCAUUUUCUGUUUAGUGUGUUUGUACUUAUAUGUGUGCGUGUUUUUUAAAAAAUAAAAAUUACGAACAUUUUUUUUUUGUUCUCUUUAAGCGACCAACUGACAUUGAAACUGCUUUUUGGCCGGUCCCGAAAUCACGGAACGAUAUUUUGAAAGAAGGCCAUUAAAAUCGUAUUAAAGAAUUGUUGUCAUUAUACACUUUAUUGCUCGAAACGUCCGUGAUAUAUUUGUACAUUCUGAUUGAGAGUGGACGUGUUUUGUAAAAUAAAAGUGAAUUAAAAAAACAAAAAAAACAACAACAUGAAAGACUUAGUUCAAAUUUGGAACAAAGUGACGAAUCGAAGGUAUUCGGCGGACAAGGAAAUGAAGGACCUGACGAAUAAUCGAUUGAAAAGAAUAGAGAUUGAGAAAUCGAAUAUCGAAUGCGAUUUUUCGGAGUGCGAGGGACUUAAUAAUUUCGAGGAUAUCGAUUUUAAUGAGAAAAAGGAUGCGAUUAUUAACAGACUUUUCGAAAGGCGGAAACAGGGUCAAGUCGCCAGGCAACCGAAAUGUCUGUUCAUCCUUCUUAUGCUGGGAUUUAUAGCCCUCUCAAUAGGAUGCUUUAUACUGUUCGUGAAGCCAUACAACUUUCUGUUUAAUCAGAAAGUCCUUCUGCAGGAUGGGGGCGAAAUCUUCGAGAUGUGGAGGAAACCUGAAGUCCAGCUUUAUACGAGGGUCUUUCUGUUCAACGUGACUAAUUCUGAAGAGUACCUGGCUGGGAAGGAUGAGAAAAUUAAGCUCCAGGAAGUCGGGCCUUACGUGUACAGAGAGGCUUUGGAACACAAAGUUCAAAGCUUCAACUCGAACGGUACGUUGUCAGCGAUUCCCCUGCAUCCUCUGACUUGGGUGGAAGAGAUGUCCGAGGGCCACAGAGAGGACGACAUCGUAUAUAUGCCGCACAUAGCUCUACUGAGCAUAGCAAACGUAGUCUCCCAGAAUUUAUUCGCGAGAUUCGGCUUAAACAAUCUGAUUACGUUGACAAACAGCCAGCCCUUGACGAAAAUGACGGCCAAAGAGUUCAUGAUGGGCUAUAAGUCCGAGCUGAUGACCCUGGGCAACACCUUCCUCCCGAGAUGGAUUUAUUUCGACAAGCUCGGCCUGAUCGAUCGGAUGUAUGACUUCGAUGGAGACUUCGAGACGGUCUACACAGGCGAAACUGAUAUCAGACUAUCCGGCCUCAUCGACACGUACCGCGGCUCCACCGACCUGCCGCAGUGGGAGGGGAAGCACUGCUCAAACGUGCAGUACGCGUCUGACGGCACCAAGUUCAGGGGUGGCGUCACCAAAAACGAAACCUUGCUGUUCUAUAGGAAGAGUCUGUGCCGAGCUGCUCCUUUGAUCCCUAGCGAGGAGGGCGUCAGAAGCGGCAUAAGGGGCGUGAAGUACGUCUUCCCGGAGCACAUGCUCGACAACGGCAAACAUAACGAAGAGAACAAAUGCUUCUGCAGGAAUGGAAAAUGCCUCCCAGAAGGACUGAUCGACGUGGCGGACUGCUACUACGGUUUCCCGAUAGCUCUGUCCUAUCCCCACUUCUACAAAGGAGACGACGUCCUCUUCAGCAAAGUCGAAGGGCUGACGCCCAAAAAGGAGGAGCAUGAGACCAGUUUCUGGAUUCAGCCGGAAUCGGGUCUGCCUCUGGAGGUCAGCUCCAAGUUCCAGAUAAACAUGGCACUCGGUAGCAUAUCAAGCAUCACGAACACGGAAAGAUUCUCCAAUAUGUACCUACCGAUGCUCUGGUUCGAUAUCAGAAUGUACUCGCUUCCACCUUCACUGGAGCAAAGAUUCAAACUAUACCUAAACAUACUGCCAAUAGUCGAGCAAGCAGCGAUGUAUAUCAUGUUCAUCACCGGAGCUGUCCUCGUCAUCACCACCAUCUACAUACUCAGCUUCAAGGUGAUGUUCAAGAACUUCGAAAAGAACAAGGACGCUUGGCUCGAGAAGGCCAAACUGAAUGAUGGAGUGUACGCGCCCUGCGAGAUACCACUCUCGGAGAGCGACUCCGAUGAAAUGAUCAAAUUAAACAUCAAAUUAAAUGACAGGCUAUACGAAACCGUCAACAGCGUCAAGGACAAACUGACAGAAAUGGCGCACGUCAAAAGCUUGUUCGACAGGAAGCCGUCCCUAAAAGAUUCAAGUCAAACGUCAAAAGCUUACGAGAUCAUAAAUCAGACGGACAGCGACGAGGACUUCAAAUACCUUGAGGUCAUCGAAGACGGAGAGCUGGAGGGCUGUGACGUCAGCCUGGGCGGCUCGCAGCGAAUGAGGAACCUCAAAGACUUGGAUGAGAGGAACAACGAAUUAAGCUUACACAUAUCGGAUUGAGACGCGGCGAAUGCGGAAAGUCGUUAAGAAUCUGGCUUUUUACAUCGUUGUUCUCACGAUAAAUACGGCGCGUGUACUUAUGCACGAAACGAUCGGAACGUGGUGUGAUUAAUGCGUGUUUCGCCUGUGCAAUAUCAGUUAUUACACAAAAAAAACAAUAGACCUUUAUUAAUUUAUUUAAUACUAGCGACCCGCCCUCGCUUCGUUUCGGAAACAUUAAAUUUUAUUAUUGAUAGCUGAGUCCCGCGAUGUUAUCCGCGGUUAUUGUCGUACCGCGGAUGACGCCGCGGGGCGAAGCUGCUCUAAAAAAAGUAGCCUAAGUUACUCCUUAAGUUACUCCUUAUAUCAUCAGCUACCUAUCAGUGAAAGUCCCGUCAAAAUCGGCCCAGCCGUUCCAGAGAUUAGCCGGAACAAACAGACAGACAAAAAUUGUAAAAAUGUUAUUUUGGUGUAUGUACCGUAUAUAUAUUCAUAUUCAUGUAGUAAAAAGCGGUUAUUUCAAUAUUACAAACAGACACUCCAAUUUUAUUUAUAAUAAUAUGUAUAGAUGCUAAGUAAACACCUCUUUUUUUACGAACAAUACCUGUAUAAAUGUGGGUUUUAAUUACCGAAAAAUCAUGAUAAUUAGUUAAUUUACUAAAAAAACACGGUGACUAAAUUAACACGUAUUAUAUGUAUAACCAUCCACAACCAUCGUAUCGCUAAUGUCCGGCGCGAUUUAUCAACCUUUAAAGCAAGGGCGGAUCCAGCUUUGGCGCCAGGAGGGGGUCACAUAGUCAAAUUUAGAUGCGUUCGUUCCCAGACGUUUGCCAUUAUACAAAGUUAUUAUAUUAAAUUAAAUAAAUAUUGAAGGAAUGUAUUUACAUAAAAUCUGUAUGGUUACAAAAUAUACAAAUAAAAUCAUUAUAUUCAAUUAGUGGUCCACCUAAGUCCUGGAACCAGCUCAGGGGGUGGUCAUGACCCCAUGACCCCCCCCCUGGAUCCGCCAUUGCUUUAAAGACACAUUUAACAAGACUAUUUGUCGAAUUGGUUUUGUUUAAAUCACAUACAUCGACUUACCUGUGUGAUAUAUUUUGGUAAUUAAAAUAAUUGUAAGUACGAAGUUUUUCGAUGAUCAUGUACUAGCAAUGAUUCUGGGGCGCGGAAAUAUUUUCUAGGAAAGACUCUAUGCUUAAUAAUAUAAGUCGGAUUACUUACAUGUUUGUUGGACGUGCAACAUUCACAAUAAUUGUGUAUUUCAAAAUGACCCCAAUCUGUCUCUCUAGUUGUUCGAUUCUUAGAAAUCGAUGUUACAUCUCAGAUAUACACAGAAUAAUCCCAUCACUAACUGAAAAACCUAUUGCCUGCAAAUGUAUUUGAAAAAUACAUGCUGUGUCACAUACAGAGAUAGUGUCAAAUAAUUGAUGAUUUUUAUUUAGGUUCAGUCUUGCCAUACUUACAACUUUUAACAAUUAUUUUUUAUGGUUAACGCCCAGGGUAUUAUUUUAGAAGUCUUAUAGGCCAGUAAUUUAGUUUCGUAUUUGAUAGAGUGUAGUUCUUCGUCUACCUACCUUUUAAAAAAAACUUUUUCAAUUAUGUAAUAAUAACGGGAAUUACUUACCGUUUGACAUUUCAAUUGCAACGUCAUUUUGUGUCGAACGGUGGCACUGAAGUAGGAAACCAUCGGUGGUAUGUAUACAAAGCGUCAAGCGAACAAUUUAUUUGGUUAUUAAAAAUAAAAAUGCGCUAAUUCUUUUUAGUAAUUUAUAUAUUACAAAUCUGACUGUCAAAAAAUACAUUCCAUUAAAAUUCAAAUUAUUAUAAAUAAAAUGACGGCUAUCCGCCAAAAUAAGAAAUUCAAACAUGUGCUAUCAUCGCCAUCUAGUUUUUAAAAACAUCAAGACUACGGUUCGAAUUUAAGAUCAUUAAGCAAAAUUCUAUUCUCUUUACGCUAGAAAUUUAUUAUAAAAUUUACCGAAAUCGCUUUUUUUGAACUAGAUGGCGCUGUGUUCAUUUUUAUUUGCCUCAUUAACACAUUGCACAUUACCUAAUAAUUUUAAACACGACUGAUUAAUUGCUCAAUAUCUUAUAUUAUCUCCUCGUUAACAAAUUGUGGAUAUUAACAGUAGAUUACUUAUACCUUUAAUUUAAAGUGUCCGUGCUCGCGUUACGUUUUGCUACAUCAAAAAACUACAUUAAAAAAUACGCCACUCUCAGAAAAGAAAAUCCUUGAUAGGUAUUACCAGUUUACUAUUAAUAUAAAGGAGCUUUUACGCAGUGUAAAACUAUAUUGUUAUGUUACGACAAAAGGUAAUGUACAUAUUUAUUAUCAAAAUUUAAACUCUUUUUUUUUUUAAGUAAUAUCAUCGAUCACUGUAAUAUUCGCGGCAAAAUCAUAUCCAUCGGCUGCAAGAAAAAGACGAUCGUCAAACUUCGUUUUUGUAGAGCGUCAUCUCUGUCGCGUAUGCGUCCAAAUAAAAUUUAGGCGGGCAUCAAUUCUCAAUCUCAAUUUAUUUGUUAUAAUGUCGCGAGUUAAUAACUGCGUUGAUAAAAUUCAUAAUCGAUGUAUCAAAUGGUAAAUGUCGCACGGACACCUAUCUCUGAAUAGACUUUUGUGAUUUCGUUUAUAAGAUUAAAUUAAGUUUAAAAUAUAAAGCGUAGUAGAUAAGAAUCGAUGUUUAAGGUAAAAGGUGCAUUAAAAUUUGAACAGUCUUCAAAAUGGCGGCCAUAUUGGCUAACUCCAACAUUGAAUACGUAUGCAUUUGUAAUUCACGUCAGAAGUUCAUACGAAAUUUUCGUAGAUCAGAUAUCAUUCGCUAUAAUCUAUCUUACAGUCGAUUUCCAACUGUAUUCGUGCUCAAUGCUAUAGUUAGAAAAUGGUUUUUAGAAAUCUUCGUAAACUUUUCAAUAGUUUACAAAAACGUAAUGUUUGAAAACUUAUUAAAUUACAUUUCGGUAUAUAGUGUAUGGUGCAUUAGAGAUAAUGAUAGUGAAUAAAUGUUUUAUUUUUAUUUUA